AUGUAUUUCACCAAACCCCUUCAGGCCUUAGUAGGCGUGCUUCUUCUUGACCUGAUCAAUGCCUCGCCGACUCAGGUCGUCGAGCAACGUCAGAGUUCGACAUUUACCAAUCCGAUUCGAUGGGAGGAUAUGCCAGAUGCCGAUGUCUUCCGCGUUGGUGAUGUCUUCUACUACUCGAGUUCUACCUUUGCCUAUUCACCUGGCGCACCACUGUAUAAAUCAUACGACUUGGUCAACUGGGCCCCAGCCACACACAGCGUACCGACUCUGGAUUUUGGGGAUAAAUACAACCUCGACAACGAAAGCCGCGCUUAUGUUCAGGGCAUAUGGGCUAGUACCGUGAGAUACCGAGAGUCUACUGACACCUUUUACUGGAUCGGAUGUAUCGAAAACUCAAAGACGUACAUCUACACGUCGUCUGGAAGUGGUGCAGGAUCCAACAACGGAGAGGCUUCUUCCUGGGACUGGCACCAAGCAAGUGUCAUCGACCGGUGCUAUUAUGACUGUGGUCUCCUGAUUGAUGAUGACGAUACUAUGUAUGUUGCGUACGGCAACACAAACAUUUCCGUGGCCCAAUUAUCCAACGACGGCUUGAGCGAAGUCAGCACCCAGGAAGUCUUUUCCGGAGGGGAUGUCUACAUCGAAGGUAGUCACAUGUACAAGAUCAACGGCUACUACUGGAUCAUGCCUACCAAGGUGGCCACUGGGGAAUGGGCGUACCGGGCUUCCAGUCCGUGGGGUCCAUACGAGCAACAUGAAUUCUUUGACAACCUCCCUGCUCCGUUGACUGAAGCUGGUUACGCUCAUCAAGGCGGCAUGGUAGACACUCAGACGGGCCAGUGGUAUUAUAUCGCUUUCAUGGACGCGUGUCCGGGAGGCCGCAUCCCCGUCAUGGCUCCUGUCGGCUGGGAUACAGACGGAUGGCCGUACAUUAUUACAAAUAGCACAGGUGGCUGGGCACCUGAAUAUGAGAUGCCCAUCUCGACGAGUCAGACGGUUGAGCUGCCGAACGGUUUAGACACGUUCACAACUUUCGGCGAGGAAUGGGAGUGGAAUCACAAUCCUGAUCCAUCGAAGUGGAGCUUGGUCGAGGGAGGCGGGAUUCUUCUCGAGACUGCAUCUAUCACAGAUGACCUGUACUCUGCACGCAACACUCUCACCCAUCGAGUGCUUGGUCCGAAAUCGGAAGCCAUAUUUGAGUUUGACAUCAGCCAAAUGGCUGAGGGUGACCGCGCUGGCGCAGCCAUCUUUCGCGAUCGCUCUGCCUACAUAGGCAUCCACAAGACCGGCGACACGGCUGCCCUUGUCUACGUCAAUGGACUGGAGUUGAUAGACUGGAACUGGGCGACUGCCUCCAACGGCACCAUUGCAGCCACGGGUCCAUCCAUCACGGACUCGAUCGUGUACUUGAAGAUCACGGCAGACGUCACUCCUGCGCUCAACGCCGAGCCUGUCCGCCCGGCUGUCUUUAGCUAUAGUACCGAUGGCACUACUUGGGUACAGCUGGGCGAACCUUACCUCUUGAUCAAUACUUGGUCAUACUUUGUGGGCUAUCGCUACGCAGCCUUCAAUUAUGCGACACAGUCCUUGGGUGGCUCAGUGGUAUUGAAGAGCUUCUCGAUGGAGCUCAUUGACUAA